UUUGCAUUCUGCUGGUUCCGGCCUGGCCCUUCCCAGGGCAGAACAUGGGGGCACCUGGCCUGGUUUGGGGCCUGAUUCCGGGCCUGGGUGCCCUGGGCCGGCGUCUGCUCCCCCGGCCUGGCACCUCCCUGGUCCCAGAUCGCAGGUUCGGCCUGUCAGUCCAGCGGGACACAGUGAUCGUGGAACGCUGGUGGUCGGUACCGUUGGCCCAAUUGGGCCGAACCCCAAGACUGCGCAGGAGACACCGGGUGUACCGGCUGCUGGAGGACACCAAGCACCGACCCCAGGAGCCCCUGCAGCUGCUGCUCACACAGUCCGUGGAAGAGCUCGGAGUCCGGGGUGAUUUGGUGUCAGUGAAGAAAUCCCUGGGCCGCAACCGGCUGCUGCCUCAAGGCCUGGCCGUCUACGCAUCCCCCGAAAAUAAGAAACUAUUCGAAGAGGAAAGACGGAUGAGACAAGAAGGAAAAUUGGAGAAGCUGCAGACCAAGGCAGGAGAGGCGACAGUGAAAUUUCUAAAAAGUUGCCAUCUGGAAGUGGGGAUGAAGAACAACGUCAAGUGGGAACUAAAUCCUGAAAUAGUUGCCCGCCACUUCUUCAAAAAUCUUGGUAUAGUGGUCGCCCCACAUGCAUUGAAGUUACCAGAAGAGUCCAUAACACGGUGGGGCGAGUAUUGGUGUGACGUGACAGUAAAUGGAAUUGACACCGUGAGGGUCCCUAUGUCGGUGGUGAAUUUUGAAAGGCCCAAAACGAAGCGAUACAAGCACUGGUUAGCCCAGCAAGCUGCCAGAGGAGCUGCCCUGAACAGCUCCAGGUGACCU